AUGGAAUUUGUGUCCACAAUUGGCUUGUUUUUAGUCAUCACUUUAAUCCACUUUCUCAUAGUUUUUCUUCUGAAAUUCUCAUAUUCUGCCCAGACAAAGCUGCCACUCCCACCAGGCACUAUGGGUUGGCCAUAUAUUGGAGAAACCUUUCAACUGUAUACACAGAACCCAAAUGUUUUCUUUAUCUCCAAAGUUAAAAAGUAUGGUUCUAUCUUCAAGUCACACAUAUUGGGGUGCCCAUGUGUGAUGAUAUCAAGCCCAGAGGCAGCAAAACUUGUGCUUGUGUCGAAAGCUCACCUCUUCAAGCCUACAUUCCCAGCUAGCAAAGAGAGGAUGUUGGGACGACAAGCCAUUUUCUUUCAGCAAGGAGAGUAUCAUACCAAGUUGAGGAAGCUAGUUCUCAAAGCAUUCAUGCCUGAAGCAAUCAAAAAUAAAGUCUUGGAUAUCGAAUCAAUUGCAGUAAACUUACUACAAUCACUGGAAGGCAGAUUGAUCAACACUUUCCAAGAAAUGAAAACGUACACGUUCAAUGUAGCAUUGCUUUUCAUAUUUGGAAGAGAUGAAGUUCUAAACAGAGAAGAUCUGAAGAGGUGCUAUUACAUACUUGAAAAGGGAUACAAUUCAAUGCCGAUUAACCUUCCGGGAACACUCUUCCACAAAGCCAUGAAGGCUAGGAAAGAAUUGGCUCAGAUCUUAGCUAAAAUUCUCACACUUAGGAGGCAAACGAAACAUGAUUACAGAGACUUAUUAGGAUCUUUAAUGGCGGAUGAAGAAGGCCUAAACAAUGAACAAAUUACAGAUAACAUUAUUGGUGCUAUCUUUGCUGCCCGUGACACCACUGCUAGUGUCAUAACAUGGAUUCUCAAGUUCCUUGCUGAAAAUCCAAGUGUCCUGCUUGCUGUCACUGAAGAGCAAGAAGCCAUAAUGAGGAAUAAAGUAGAAUGUGGUGAAGACAAGAUUUUGAGCUGGGCAGAUACUAAGAAGAUGACAAUUACAACAAGGGUGAUUCAAGAGACACUCAGAGUUGCCUCUAUCUUAUCUUUUACUUUCAGAGAAGCUGUUGAAGAUGUUGAGUUCAAUGGUUAUCUCAUACCAAAGGGAUGGAAAGUAUUACCACUCUUUAGAAAUAUCCACCACAGUGGAGAAAAUUUUCGUGACCCCGAGAACUUUGAUCCUUCAAGAUUCGAGGUUGCUCCGAAGGCCAAUGCAUUUAUGCCAUUUGGCAAUGGAACCCACUCAUGUCCAGGAAAUGAGUUAGCCAAACUAGAGAUCUUGGUUCUUAUACAUCAUCUGACCACAAAGUAUAGGUGGUCUCUUGUGGGCCCACAAAAUGACAUUCAGUAUGAACCCUUUGCUCUUCCCCAGAAUGGAUUGCCCAUCCAGCUCUCUCUCAAGAGAUAG